GGCUUCUUGUUUUUCCACAGUCAAGAUGGCGGCCGUCCCCGAGAGCAGAGUCCUGACUUACAGCGUUUUUAAAUGGAGCUCCUUCUCCUCCACGUACCUGCCCGAGAAUAUCUUGGUGGAUAAGCCUAAUGACCAGUCUUCCCGGUGGUCGUCUGAAAGUAACUACCCUCCUCAGUUUUUGAUCUUGAAGUUGGAGCGGCCGGCGAUCGUCCAGAGCAUAACAUUUGGGAAAUACGAAAAAACUCACGUUUGUAACCUGAAGAAGUUUAAAGUGUUUGGAGGGAUGAGCGAAGAGAACAUGACCGAGCUGUUGUCCAGUGGCCUUAAGAACGACUACAACAAAGAAACGUUUACUCUGAAGCACAAGAUCGAUGAGCAGAUGUUCCCCUGCAGAUUCGUCAAAAUAGUGCCUCUGAUGUCGUGGGGGCCCAGUUUUAACUUCAGCAUCUGGUUCAUCGAGCUUCACGGCAUCGAAGAGCCUGACGUGGUGCAGCCCUGUCUCAACUGGUACAGCAAGUACAGGGAACAGGAAGCGAUCCGUCUGUGCCUCAAACAUUUCCGUCAGCACAACUACACCGAGGCCUUUGAGUCUCUGCAGAAGAAGACACGAAUCGCCCUGGAGCACCCCAUGCUCACCCACCUCCACGCCAGGCUGGUGCUCCAAGGAGACUUCGACGCCUGCGAGGAGCUCAUCCACAAGGCCGUCCGGGACGGUCUGUUUAACCAGUACAUCAGUCAGCAGGAGUACAAACCUCGCUGGAGCCAGAUCAUCCCAAAGUGUAACAAAGGUCCCACCUCCCAGGAGCCGCCCCGAGAGGACGCAAACAGUGAUAAUGACGACAACAGGCCUGGGAUGAGAGGAGGCCAUCAGAUGGUCAUAGAUGUGCAAACGGAGACUGUGUACCUGUUUGGAGGCUGGGAUGGGACUCAGGACCUGGCGGACUUCUGGGCCUACAGUGUCUCAGAAAACCAGUGGAGCUGCAUCUCCAGAGACACAGAGAAAGAGAGCGGGCCGUCCGCGCGCUCCUGUCAUAAGAUGUGCAUAGACUCUGUGAGGAGGCAGAUUUACACUCUGGGCAGAUACCUCGACUCCAGCGUCAGAAACAGCAAAAGUCUCAAGAGCGACUUCUACAGAUACGACAUCGAGCAGAACACCUGGAGCCUGCUGAGUGAAGACACUGCAGCCGACGGAGGGCCCAAGCUCGUCUUCGACCACCAGAUGUGUAUGGACUCAGAGAAGCACAUGAUCUACACGUUUGGAGGCCGGAUUCUGACGUGUAAUGGGAGCAUGGAGGACACGCGCACCACAGAGCCUCAGUUCUCGGGUCUGUACGCCUUCCACUGCGGCAGCGCCACCUGGAGGCUGCUCAGGGAAGACUCGUGUAACGCCGGCCCAGAGGAUAUACAGUCCCGCAUAGGCCACUGCAUGCUCUUCCACACUAGAAACCGGUGCUUGUACGUCUUUGGAGGUCAGAGGUCAAAGACGUACCUAAACGACUUCUUCAGCUACGACGUGGACGGAGAUCACGUGGAGAUCAUUUCAGACGGAACCAAGAAGGACUCGGGCAUGGUUCCGAUGACGGGUUUCACGCAGAGAGCCACGAUUGACCCCGAGCUGAAUGAGAUCCACGUGCUCUCAGGCCUCAGCAAAGACAAGGACAAAAGAGAGGAGAACGUACGCAACUCUUUCUGGAUCUACGACAUCGCAAGAAACAAUUGGUCGUGUGUUUAUAAGAACGAUCAGGCGGUGAAGGAAAACCCAACGAAAGCUCUACAGGAGGAGGAACCCUGUCCACGCUUCGCUCAUCAGCUGGUCUACGACGAAAUGCACAAGGUGCAUUAUUUGUUCGGCGGAAACCCGGGGAAGUCCUGUUCUCCAAAAAUGCGUUUGGACGAUUUCUGGUCUUUGAAACUCUGCCGACCGUCCAAAGAAUACCUGCUUCGGCACUGCAGAUACCUCAUCAGGAAGUACAGGUUUGAGGAGAAGGCCCAGUCUGAGCCUCUGUCUGCACUCAAGUAUCUGCAGAACGACCUGAGUCUGACAGUGGACCACAGUGACCCAGACGAGACCAAAGAGUUCCAGCUUCUGCCGAGCGCUUUGUUCAAGUCCAGCUCUGACUUCAUCCCACUGGGUUUUUCAGACGUGGACCAGACUUAUGCCCAGCGGACUCAACUUUUCGACACCUUGGUCAACUUCUUCCCUGACAACAUGACUCCGCCCAAAGGAAACCUGGUCGACCUCAUCACGCUCUAGCCCCGCCCCUCGCCACGACAUCACCACUAUGACGUCACUAUGACAUCACUGGACAGGCUACGCGCUGUUGCUCCUCAAGACGGGAGACCGACCCUAUCACGCAACACCUUUUGACAAACUACAAACGUCUAUUCAAAGUUUUCUGAAUCUUAUUGUCUUUUUAAGAAAACACGAUUUUCAAUUCUAUUUCUCUUUAGUGGGUUAGUCCAGAAUUUUCUGCUUGUUUCAUAUAAUUCGAAGUAACUUUGGAAAGCAGACAGGAGCAGAGUGUGUGUGAGAUUUUGAGUGGCGUUUUUAGCAGCAGGUUUGAUUGACCCGCUCCCUGCUAAACCAGUGGUGCAGGCAGGAAGGGGCGUUACCUUCAACAGCCUCGCUCCUGAUUGGCUCUGUGGUUGCUAUGAUACUCGCAGUCAAAAUUCUCAGCUCCCAAUUUGCUCCUAUAACUGCCAGCCUCGAUGAGCUUCAUGUGACUGGAGCUGAACACUAUGGGUGAUGUCACACUCACUUAAUCCACUUGUUUACACAGUGUAUGUCAGAACCAAACCCGACCCAACCCAGCAGCGAGGAAUCUGGCGCUGGUCUAGAUACACGUCAGAUGCAAUCUAAAACAUCAGACUUUUAACCCGUGCUCAGACGGGCUCAAAGUACAGAGAGCAGCUCAGAGCUGCUCAGAGAGCACAGUGCGGUGGUGUGGUGGUGCUGCUCCGGGUUCUUAACUUUGGGAGUGUGUUUUUGACUGACACCGGAGCCAUUCACCUUAAUUAAUGGAUAGUUAUGGUGUGAACAUGUGAUCUCUAUUAGAAAUGCACCGAUCCAGCUCUUUCAGUUCCAAUACUGAUUCUAAUUCUUUAUCUGCUGAUACCCGAUAUCACUCGAUACCAGAGCAGAGACUGAAAACGGCAUUUAAUUCCUUAAAACAAAAAUAAAAUGAUCAAAUAAUAAAAUAAUAAUAAUGUGAAUGCCAGCUUGUGACUGUAAUGUUAUUUGAGAGCGACUUGUUUAAAAGCGCAAGUCAGCUCACCUGUUGGAGUUCCAGCUCAGUCAUCUCUUUUGGGUCAGAUUGUGUUGAAUCAAAGAUCAGAUUAAAGUCUAACUUGAGUAUCAGAUCUUGAGACAGAGCAGUGUCACUAGUUAGCUUCACCCAACUUAGAAAACGUUGAUGACGAGUGUGGGCGAGGCGUAGAGUGGGUUUGACCCUGUGGCUUUGCUCCUGUCUGCUCAUCCAAACCAGAUUUAAAAGUACACUAUGUAAGUUUUCGGUUGGGGGUCUGUCAGCUGCUUGUUUCAGUGGAUACGUCGGCUCUCUGUCUGGAAUGUUCCACAGUAUGACAUUAAACAGCUCUACUUUACUAUUAUUUAUUCAAUUACAGGUGGUUUUAUAGCUCAGAAAUACAGACAAAAACAGACAUUGUGACUGUGAGCGGGGUUGCCUCUCCACAGAUCUGACCUGUAACUUGGUCCGGUUUGGUCUCCAUGAAGAUAAAGGUUUAAUGCCGGACUGUGGAACAUUCCAGACAAAGCAAUAAUGAAGAAAAGACCCUCCACCAGAAAAUAUACAUAUAAAAAGUGAACAGAAUCCUCCGGCUUACAAAACAAAUCAAACUUAUUUUACAAACUCUUGACAUUUGCUGAAAAUUUAACUAAUAUCUGUCUUUUUAUUUCCUUAUUUUAAAUUUUGAAGAUUGAAGACUUGACACUAUGCCACUACACUUAAUUUUCUAAACCAGAUGCCCUUAUUUAUGUUUAUGCUUUAUGCUUGUAUAUUUGAUUAUUACAAAACAAGCUUCUUAAUUUAUUCAUUUAAUUUUGGGUUUACUUUUUAGGUUUGGAGGGUUAAUUUAAACUAUAGAUUUUUAAGAAAUGGGUGCUCUACAGACAAUAUGAAUGUAAAUAAUAAUAUUGGAAAUUUAAAAAACAUACCUUUCAUUUCUCCAUUGACAUACAUGGCAAAAAGUCUUGACCCACAGCAUUAAUCUGUGUACUCACCAUUUGGAUAGAGCACAACAGAGACUGGAAUAAAACUUCCCAUUCAUUUUCCUCAGACUUUCUGAAAAAAAAAAAAAAAAAAAAGUUUAAAAGCUCAGGGCUAAUCAUCUAUGUGAUGACUAAGACCACAAGACCUAUCGUUUCUUUAAAAUUUCUGAAAACUUCAUAAAAACGCUAAGUUAUUAAAGAAUUUUGUGUUUCAAAUGUGUUAUGGAUAUCAGUCAGCACGGAGCUGGUUAGUCUCUUUAAUAUUAGAGUUUUCUGGAAAGUCUGAGAAAAAUGAAUGAAAAUUUUACUUCCAGGACCGGAGCGAGCAGUCACUGUUGAGUUCUGAUUUGGUCUUUAAAGUGGAAUUAAACGCUAAACCAGCCUUUUUGCUACUAAGCCUUGUAUUUGAUUGGCAGUUCGACACCUCUGUCCCACAUCUUCGCUCAAAGUUCUGCUCAGCUGAGGAGUCGAGAACAAGCCUCAAGAACUGCCCGACAGGAGCUGGAACAAAAUGAUGUCAUUUUGUUGGACCAGCUCUGGGUGCAAGAACAAAGUUGUCGUGAUGUAUGAAUCGGCCCUUAGUGCUCCAGGCUCCGCCCAGUUUAUCAGCUUUUAAUGUGGUUGUGGGCGGAGUUUAGGUGUUUAGUUCCACUUUAAACUCAAACCAAAUGAAAAUAUCACAAACUGUUAAUACCGUGAAUCAUAAGUUCAAGUUUUGUUGCAGCAGUUACUAAAGACUUCUUAAAGCUGCACUAUGCAACGAUUCUGUCACAUGUUGUCUGGAAUAUUCCACAAUGUGGCAUUAAACUCUGCUCUCUCACAUUGAUUCAAACAUGUCAGUUUUUAUUGCUGAAGACAUUUCUUGUCCUUGUGGGGAGAUGUGGACCUUUUAAUGCCAUUCUGUAUUAUGGAAUAUUAUAGAGGUGACAUCUCCAUGGAGACGACGUGAACAUUUCAGUCCCUCCACGAGAAAAGUUCCAUAAUGCAGCUUUAAUUUGAAUAUAGCAGUGUCAAUGGCGAAAAAGUAGCAUUUAUAAAAUAAUACCACAACUGUGUAAUUUGGAACUUGGAUCUUGGACCCAAGUUUUGAAAAACAUUAGGUCACCAUUAGCUGGAAAACUGUUGCUUGCUUGUGGCUGUGUUAUUUUAGAGGAACUUAUUUAACAGCACAAAUCAGUUCACCUCUUGUGGUUCCAGCUAAGUCACCUUUUUCUGUUCAGAUUGUGCUGAGAUUGUGAAGCUCAGAUCAAAGUCUAACUCGAGCACCAGAGCCCCAGACGGAGCAGUGCCUCCAGUUAGCAUCACCCCCUAGAGAAUGUUGAUGACAUCAGCUGCAAUGAAUUCAUUUUUGUCAAUAUAGCACACCUCCAUUUUCUAUUCACCCAACUUCAACUUUAAUUUUGUCUUCCGUAAAACCUUGUAGUAUCACCACAAACCAUACUCCUAUUUAACUGUGACUCUUGUAGCACUAAUCGAGACGCAUCCACAGACUGUUUCUAUAAACGGACACACAUAAAACCAAACUCUGUGUUAUUAGGCUCUUUUUUCAGACCAAGAAUUUGUUUUCAUACCUGACAGUUUCGACUGCUCCCUGCGCUCUUCUUCAGAUCAUCAUCGCCGGAUUAAAGAGGCAAUUGAAAUACGGAAACAUGCCCACGUGAUAAGCUAUAAACUGGGACUGGGGGCUUUUUUUUUUACUCUCACACACUUGGGAUACUGUUCUGAGGAAGUGGGACUGCAAGUGGCGCUGUCGUCCUGCCUCCUCUGGUAGGAAAACAGCACCAAAACCUGUUUAAAUCAACUCAACGACAGCACAGCAACAUCAUGAGACUCCGAGGAAGAGCGCAGGAGCAGAAAAAACUGUCAUGUAUGAAAACAAACUCUUGGUCUGAAAAAGAACCUAAUAAUAUAAAUUAUUGGAAGGCCAAAUGAACCUCAUUGGACUAAGCCGCUAGCUGCUGUGUUCCAAAGAGGAAGUGAGCACUGGGGGCGCGAUUCCAGCUCCAUCGACUCGACCAGUUCACUUUGUACUGAAAAAACAUCGCCCUCUCUCUGUGACUGCUGCCGUUAGACACAUCAUUUUGGUCUUAAAUGUGCACUAUACUUUCUGCUUGAGGGUCCAUCACCUGCUUGUUUCUAUAGAUAGAUACGUCAUUGCUCUGUCUGGAAUGUUCCACAGUGUGACAUUAAACAGCUCUACUUUACAUUUAUUCAAUUACAGGUGGUUUUAAAGCUCAAAAACACCUAGAAGAACAGAUCUGACUUGUAAGUUGGUCUGGUUCGAUCUCCAUGAAGAUAGCUGGACAUGGUUUAGACUUUGAUCAGAUCCUCUUCUCGCCCUGUCCCAGACCUCAUUUAGACCCGGUUCUGCUCCUCCUUGUGGUCCCAUUUCAGACCCGGUCCUGGUUUAGGCCCGUUUCUUUGACUGUGCGGCUGUGACGUGGAUUUUCCCGCAUAUUUCUUCUUCUGUGGUGGAGAGAGACUCCCUCAGGACACACGUGAUAACAAAAACACAGACCGAUUUUUAAAAAUGUAUAUGUUACUGAAGUAAGAGUACUGUUACUUAAGUUUUAAUGCCAUAAUUACAUACAUACAUUACAUACAUUCCAGACCAAGCAGUAACAUCUCCAAGUGUUUGAUGGACCUUCCAGCAGAAAAGUGCACCUUUUUAGAAUCUUCAUAAUGUUUGUAUUAACCUGCUGAACAUGAUCCUGGGGUUUUUAUUUCACUAUUUUAUCCGUAAAUAAAUUCAUAAUGCAGAACUCGGCUCCAAAUUCGCCCCCAUACCUGCAGGCCUCGGUGAGCUUCAUUUGACUGGUCCACUUCUUUUACACAGUCUGCGGUCCCUGCGUUUUGAAUCACCACCAUAUAUAAUAAUUGUAUAUAAUGUGUGUAAAAUAAACAGGAGAAUCUAUAAAUAACUGUAUUUAUGAGCCCAGAGAAACAGAAGAACUGACAAACGCAUCGAGAGCAGUGGGACGAAGUUCAAAUUAUUACUGCUGAUGUUUCUGGUUUGAACUUUUUUUUGCAUUUUUGUCGUAUGGUUUUGUAUGAAAAACGUGCAAAGUUCUGAAUAGUUAAAGCUGCACUGUGUAGCUUUUCUGGCAUACGGUCUGCCGCCGCCUUGUCUCUGUCGUGGUAUUGAGUCUGUUCCCUUUUAUCGCAGUUCAGGAUCAUAGUGUGGAAUAUUUUAAGGAAUUUUAACCUCUCUACCAAUAGAAAAGUUACACAGUGCACCUUUAGGGCUUGUAUUAUUAAAACGAAACACCUGACCAUGAAAGUACCACUUGUUAAUGAUCAUUUUGGAAAAUAUUUAACCCAAAUCUUUAUUUUCAACUCUCUUUGGGUUAAAAUGGUGACACAAUACUACACGUUGUAAUCCAAAAUCUGAAUAUUAAAGAGGGGGUAUGAUACAGAAUCGAUUUUUGAGCUUUCUCCCAUGUUCUAACGUCGUCCCCUCAUCGAAAACCUGCCUGAAGAGGUUUUGGAGCCAUCCAUGCAUGUUUGAGUAAUCUAGCGAUCUCUCCCGGGCCCUAUUCGAACCCUUUUUGCGGUUACGAAGCUCCGCCCACAAGCCAACACGGCAAAUCUCCAUAAAUAUACAAAAACAUGAUACACUACAACUUCACAAACCUGAUGCGAUGUGCAGUAGGUUAUAUCCGGUGAUAGUGCUCUGAAGGGGGAGUGAUUUAGAGUGGAGAGCAACAAAAAAACAACUAAAACUUAAACAUUAAUAGUUUUUUUUUUUUUUUGGAGAAUACAGCAUUUUUAAAACAAUAAAAGCAACAUGGUGAUCUAAAAAUGUUAAGAGUUAGGAGUUAACACCCCCUCUUUAAAAUUGUUUUCAAACUUUUUUUUCUUAAUUUAAAUUCUACUUGAUGUAAUUUAUUGAAAACUAAAUGUCAUUGAAGUUUACGUUUGUGCCAGUACAGAGCCAGAUCGCACUUUUGUCGAAUGCCAAAUCCCCCUUAGUUUAGUUUAGUGUUGUUUUUUUGUCCUUUUUUCCAGGUGAAAUUCUUAGUUUAAUUCCUGAUCUAAAAUUUGAAGUUGAAUGAAACGAUGAGAGAUUCUGUCCCUGUGAGUCCGAGCUCUGCUGUAGAGACAGUGAAUGAACCGGUGUAUUGUAUCUAAUGUACAUAAAGAAUAAAGAUUGUAUUUUGUUCAAGG